AUGAGGCGGAUUCUGGCGUUGAGGUCGAAUAUCAUUACAGCACGGAUACCGGACCAGCCUUGCUAUUCAAAUGUGAUUGCUGACCAAGCUUUGGAAUCCCAUCAACAAAGUCAACGGUCUUUUAAUCAACCAAAGCCCGAUAUCAAUCUAAAGAACAAACUACAUAUAGCAACAGAUUUAGUAAUACAAAAGCAUCCGGAUGAUGGAAAGAAAGUUCUGGAACAAGCAGCGAGCGAGUAUGAAACUUCAAAACCUCAGGAUAUAAUGGAGAAAUUUGAAAAAGUAAAGAACAGAACGGCCAAUAAACCUUCAAAAGGCUUCUUUCUCUAUGAGGAGACCCAGGUAUUGAACAGUAUUAGGAAGAUAUUGAUGCAAGCAGAGGGAGAUCAGGUGGAUAUUGCUUCUGGAUUUGCGGAAUCUUUGGUCAAACUGAAAUUGGCAAAGGUGGAAAGUGUUUGGCUGAAGGAGAUGGUCAAGUUUGAGUUGGUCAAGUAUGUGAAGUUAAAAAGAUUUUUAGUUUACAGUUGUUUACUGUUAUGGUUACCGCUAAGAGAUGACUACAUAUAUUGUAUAUUGAGUUAAGAGUCUGUAUAUUGUGUUGGUGAUGCACAAAUUUUUAUCUUUGGGCAUGGUUUUUGUAUGAGAACGGUUUUUUUGGAUGAAAUUGUUUUUAACUAGUAUAUUAUGACAUUUCAUAUUGUAUCUGCUUUGAUAAUACAGCUUGAGCUAUGAAAACUGGUGUGAAGGUAGAUUAUUUUAAUAUUACCAAUUAUUCACAAGGACGUUUUAUAUUUAUCAGUAUUGUAGUAGUUACAGUAAACCUACUACUGCUUGUUUUUUUUACAGAUUUUUCAAUAUUUCUAUGACAUUUUUUGUUCUAUCUCUUAAGAAAAUGAUGAUAGAACCAUGAAAAUUGGUGAAAAUAUCGAUUAUUCUUUAAUUCAACUGUCUGUGGAAAAAAAUUUUGAGUUUUACAGUGUUUUAAAAGUUACAGUAGACUUAAUACCAUAAACAUAUUUGCUUUAUAAAAAUUUUCAAUAAUUUUUUUUCAGAAACAAUAUAUCCUCAGCUAUAGAAGUCUAUACCAGGUUUUCCACCAUGACACCUCACAAGAAGCUAUUCCCAGCACCAGUCUUUAUCAUCCUAUGUCAUAUCAGUACCGAACUCGAGAAAACGCCAAAGAGAAUGAGAAAAGAGCGUGACGAACUAAAGGCACAGAAAGAGAGGAUUCUGAAGAUUAUUGAAGCAUCUGGAUCCAAAUUACAGAAGAUUUGCAUGGAAGCGUGUGUAUUAUUGUACGGAGGAGACGGCCUUGGAGGAUUAGAUGUGUUGAAACGAAAUGACAUGGAAUUGGGGGUGGAUCAGCUGAAUUUUAUUGUUGAGAUUAGUCGGAAUACUCAUUUGGUAAGUUGUCUUAGAUUAUGAUUGGAUUAGCUUUUGUAAGGGCUGGAAUUGUGUGUAAUAUUUCCACUAUGACACCUCACAAGAAGCUAUUCCCAGCACCAGUCUUCAUCAUCUUAUGCCUGAUUCUUAGUCAUAAAUGGUCAAAAAGUUCCGGAAAAUGAAAAAAUUCUCAAACUUUUAAUGUUUUUGGUGCCUAAUUGUAAGUAAUAUAAGUAUUCUUUCAGCCCCAAAUACUCCUUCCAAUAGUCGACUAUGGAAGCCGGAUCCUACCUUCACAUACACCCACAAAGGUCAAGUUCUACAAUGCCGUAUUAGCUGAACUAGGUAGGUUAUAGCCGUAUAGUACUAUUAGUUUGUUCAAAUAAUUAUGUGCCCCUAAAGAAGAUUUGCUUUGAGAAACGGCUCAGAAUUAUUUGUAGAACCUAAUAUAAUAUAAUCAAGUUUGAGCUGUACAUUUGUCUCACUAUAAACUAUUAUGUUGUUCAAAAAGUAAUGAGCCUUUUUCACUCUUUUUAGCAAAAAAAACUAAAAUUUUGAUAUUGUUGUAGGAAAACGAGGUGAUUUCGAACGAAUGGACAAAAUCGUACAAAGAGUGUGGGAAGAGGUACCAAACAGAGAGCUCUUCAAAUACCAAUACAUAUUCCACAGAGCUCGCCACUUUUACAGAUGCAAAAACUUGGCCAUACCGGAAUACCUGCUCGAAAUGAUUAGAAGACUAGGAGAUUAUUGA